AUGUUCAACAGGAGAUCUUCUGCUGGGUCGAAGCUCAGCGAACGGCGAGUUCAUCGCCCUCCGCGCUGGUCAACGAGGAUCCUUACCAGCUCAGCUUUUCUCAUCUUCAAUGUGACGCUGAUCACUCUUAACACCUUCUGGAUGGGUAUCCAUGCCGACGGCUUUGUGAUGCGUGAACAUCAAGUCAUUGACAACCUUGAUGUGUACUACGUGGUCGAGAGCGUCUUUACAGGCCUCUUCUUUGCGGAGCUUCUGAUCCGCCUCUUUCACUAUGCAAAGUGGCAGCUGUGGAAAGACCCGCUGCUGCUCCUUGAUACCGUGGUGAUAGUGAUCCCAGCAGUGGAAAUGUGGAUUUGGCGACCACUGUCAAGACGAUCGUUGGACAACAUCGCCACAACAACUGUCAUGAGUCUGUUUCGCGUCUGCCGGAUUGCACGAGGCAUCAUGACACUGGCGAGCAUCAAAUGGCUCCGACCACUAUAUUUGUCCGCCAUGGGUUUGAAGCACUCCCUCAGCUACGUGUUCGCCAUGGGCAUGUACUUGGCUACAAUGUUGUUUGCCGCCUCCGUGCUCUUGUGCGAGCUCGUGGGUCCCAGCAGUCCUGUCCACAUCAGCCUUCCGGUCGUGAUCCGUACUCGCUUCUCUUCCGUGGCUUCUGCCUACCUUACAUUGGUGGAGUGCUUGCUGGGAGGUGUGGAGUGGGGGCCACAGCUGGCAAACACCUUGCUCUUCAGCACGGGCACCGCGAUCAGCGGGAUCGUCUUCUUUGGCUUCCUUACAUUUGGCGUCAUGCUGUGGCUGAACAUUGUGAGAGGGGUCUUCGUGCACCAGGUGGACCAGUCUUUCGAGUUCACGAAUGUCACGAAGUUCAAGGAUGCUGAGCUCCAGCAGCUGACCCAGGAGCUCCUCAAGCAUUUCGUCAGAGCCAUUCACGACAUGGACAGAGAGAACACCGGCGCGAUCUCGUUUAGCGACGUUUCUGCUGUGUUGCCUCACCAUUUGGACGAACUGGCGGAUGUGGGCGUCGGUCUCCCCGAAGCGAGGAAGAUCUUCCACGAGCUGGACACGACCUCCACGGGGUAUGUCUCGAUCUCACUGUUCAUCAGCCGAAUCGAGGACUACAUGAAGUACAAGCCUGUUGAGGUUCUCAUCUUCGAGAACCAACAGUUCAGGCUUUUGCAGCUCAUCAAGAAACUUGGGAAACGGAACUUAAAAAGCUUCUCCAAGGUGUCCCAAAGCCUCGAGAUCAUGGCGUCUGAUUUGGCUCAGGCCUUUGCCACAAAAGAGGAGAUGCCAGCUUCUAUCGACGAGCAGAUCGAGAAGCAGCGCGGGCGGGUGCGGGCGUCUGCGAUAGUUUCAAACGCGGAGGCAGCACGAGAGCUGGACGAAAAGAUCUUGUCGAACGAGGCCUCGCCAAGGUCGGCGAGGCCCUGGGCGGCGCAGGCCCAGGGGAAGCCUUUGACCAGCAGUGCAAACUUCAUCAUCGACAUGUGGCAAGAGCUGCUCGGCAUCGCUUUGCCUGGGCUUGUGCAAAGACGGGCCGCCGUAAUGUCUCCGGAUUUAGGUCCUUCAGGUGCAAAGCACUUUGAGGGCAGCAUGUUUAUUGAGCACCAGGAGCAGAGCAAUCAGUGCAGGUGCUGCUUCUCCACGAAACAGAAGGCAGACGAGGAGGAGACCACCGACGGAUUCGUGACAGAGCGUCGCGAUGAGAUCCAGCUGAGCAAGCCGGCUAUUCCCAGCGCGUCCGGUGAGGCGAAGAAGGCACCAUCUUCCCCUCGGCCCUUGCAGGGCCAAGGCCACGAGCUGGCUUCCAGCGGCCAAGACGAGGCACAAUCGUCUCCGUUGGCUCAGCUUGUGACGCAGGCUGACGAAAAGCCUUCGCAGCUCGCGGAGGAACAGCCUCAGCACACAGUGUCACCCAAGCGCGAACACAAAGGGCCCUUACCGCAGCAAGCAAUUCCGCUGCUGCCACCGCAGGACCCGACGUUUCGCGGCAGAAAAACACUAGUCUUAGACUUGGACGAGACGCUUGUGCACAGUUCAUUUACGCCAGUCAAGUGUGAUUUGGUGCUCAGCGUGUUUCUGGGGAACGAGGAGCACAAGGUUUACGUGAGGAAGAGGCCCGGCGUCGAUGAGUUUCUAAAUGCCGUCGCCAAGCUUUACGAGGUUGCAAUUUUUACAGCUUCCACUGCACUCUAUGCGAAUUCUUUGCUGGACGUGCUGGACAAGUCUGGAUGGAUCCAACACAGGCUGUUCCGCGAAGCUUGCACAAGAUACAAAGAAGGCUACGUCAAGGACAGGAGUCAAGCGGUGUGA